UGACAACAUUAGGUUAUGUUUUUGUAAACAGUUUUCGUUUUUAUUAUGUGUCGUUUACGUUUUUUGUUUAAUUUAUCGAUAGUUCUGACGAUACUGGUGCUCCUCUUCUACCUCUUCACCAUUUACGACAAUGAUAACAGUAAAUCGCAGCUGCGGUUAUUCAAAGCGGAGAAUGUUGAGCCGAUGGAGAAGGCGAUCAAACUGGACAACGACUACAAUUUGUGGCUGAUCUUCACCAAAGUCAUAGACAAAUCCCCGCUGAUGUACAACUUCAACAACCUGCUGAACAACCUCAUGAACGUGAGCUCUGUCCCAUUGAAUUUCCACAUCAUCGUUGAUGAGCACUCCAGAAUUCUUGCCCAAAGCGAAAUCAACAAAAUCAUCAACGCCACCAGUAUUAAUGUGCAAUAUACGUUCUACGAUAUACAGACUUUAGCUGCAUCCAUCCAGGACAUUGUCAAUGCCAUGACUCCAUUUUUCAGUUCCAGGCCAGGAACGUAUUAUAGUGACGCUCUGUUUUAUCUCUCUUUGGGUCUGCAUCGCAUUGCGAAAACCCAAAACAGAGCAAUUAUAUUGGACUGUGAUUUACAUUUUAAGGAAGACGUAUUGUUACUUUUUAAGGAAUUUGAUAAUUUUGGUAAUGGUACUUUAUUUGGCUUGGCCCCUGAACUGUCUCCGGUGUACAGACACAUUUUGUACAGUUUCAAGCAGAAGCAUAACUCUACAUUUGGGGACUUUUAUCAUGACAAGGAGGUGAAGGCGGGCGAACCUCAUCCUAAGGGUUUCCAGGGAUACAAUUCUGGCGUGAUCCUGUUUAAUCUGAGUGCAAUAAGAAAGAGCGAGGCUUAUAGGGAAAUUAUCAAGAAGGAGAGUGUCAGCGCGAUGGUGGAGAAAUUCAAGUUCAGAGGACACCUCGGAGACCAAGAUUUCUACACUCUUGUGGGAUACGAGAGGCCGGAAAUGAUUCACACGCUCAAUUGUGGAUUCAAUAGGCAGCUGUGCACUUGGUGGAGGGACAGGGGUGGCUACAAUGACAUUUUCAAUGAUUAUUUUAAAUGUAAGCAUAAAAUCGUUGUUUUACAUGGGAAUUGCAAUACUCGAAUACUUAAGUAAG